UAUAGAAAAACUCUUGAAUGAGUAGGUGUUAUAAAACUUUUGACCGGUAGUGUAUGUUUAUUAAUUUAGUGACUGAGGGCCCUAGAGACAUGUCUCUGUGAAUGUAGAGGAGAGGAGACAUGGGGACGCGGAAAGGGGUGACGACAACAGCUGCCUCCCACAUGGCAUCCUAUUCCCUAUAUAGCUCACUUUUUGACCAGCACUAUAUAGGGAAUAGGGUUAAAUUUUUGGGACGCACACAACGUCUCUAAUUAUUCACAUUAGUGAUUACCCUGCAGCUGUCUGACUCCAAGCCUCAGCGGCUGGCUGCUAAAUCAUAUUUGGCACCGUCGUUAUCAGUUGUUUAGGGAAGUGGAGCGAGACAGGAGAUUGUAAUCCCUGAUUGCAGUGAACUGAAGUUUGGAGUCAGUUUGUGUGUCUUCUGUCUCAAGAAGGGUGGGGAGAUGGAGAUAGCGAAAUAAAGAAAGAAAGAAAGAUAGAAAGAAAGAGAGCGUGCGUGUACGUCUACAGUACCUGUGUCUGUGUGUGGUCUGUGUGGUGUGUGCGGUGUGUGUGGUGUGUGUGGUGUGUGCGGUGUGUGCGGUGUGUGUGGUGUGUGCGGUGUGUGCGGUGUGUGCGGUGUGUGAAAUAUACGCCAAAUUAACAUUAUAUACAGUAGGCCUAUAUUAAGACCUUGUUCUAUAACUCAGUGCUAUUCAGAGAUGAUGGCUGUGUGUUCAACCUUGUUCUGUUACUCAGUCUAUUCAGAGAUGAUGGCUGUGUGUUCAACCUUGUUCUGUUACUCAGUCUAUUCAGAGAUGAUGGCUGUGUUCAACCUUGUUCUGUUACUCAGUCUAUUCAGAGAUGAUGGCUGUGUGUUCAACCUUGUUCUGUUACUCAGUCUAUUCAGAGAUGAUGGCUGUGUGUUCAACCUUGUUCUGUUACUCAGUCUAUUCAGAGAUGAUGGCUGUGUGUUCAACCUUGUUCUGUUACUCAGUCUAUUCAGAGAUGAUGGCUGUGUGUUUAACCUUGUUCCGUUACUCAGUCUAUUCAGAGAUGAUGGCUGUGUGUUCAACCUUGUUCUGUUACUCAGUCUAUUCAGAGAUGAUGGCUGUGUGUUCAACCUUGUUCUGUUACUCAGUCUAUUCAGAGAUGAUGGCUGUGUGUUUAACCUUGUUCUGUUACUCAGUCUAUUCAGAGAUGAUGGCUGUGUGUUUAACCUUGUUCUGUUACUCAGUCUAUUCAGAGAUGAUGGCUGUGUGUUCAACCUUGUUCUGUUACUCAGUCUAUUCAGAGAUGAUGGCUGUGUGUUCAACCUUGUUCUGUUACUCAGUCUAUUCAGAGAUGAUGGCUGUGUGUUUAACCUUGUUCUGUUACUCAGUCUAUUCAGAGAUGAUGGCUGUGUGUUCAACCUUGAAUAUCUGCCAACUGUAGCCUACAACACCAACAUCCCCCUUACUUAAUCCCUGGCAAAUGAAACAGGCCCCCUUUAGACAAGCUGUUAGAAAGGUCCUGAUAACAUCCUGACACUCCUCAGACUUGAAUCCUCCUCUCCCAUUCAGCAGCACCAGAAAUCAUCUGUCCUGUAUAUCAUGUGGUUCCCAUUUUUUCAGCUGGAGGGCUUUGUCCUAAAUGGCACCCUAUUCGCUAUGUAGUGUUCUAAAUUUGACCAGAGCCCUAUGGGUAGUGGUCAAAAGUAGUGCACUAUAUACAGUAUGGAGUAGGGUGUCAGAGUACUACAGUAUAUAGGGAUUGGGUGCCAUUUGGGAUAAUGCAGGGGAGGUGUGUUUACUUACAUUACUGUCAUCAUCUUCUGUGUUUUAAUUCACACACUCCUUCCGCACGGCGCACACAGCUGCCUGGAGGAGAAUAUCCACACGCAUUUCAAAGUUGUAAUUGCAGCCUGUAGCUUUUACAGCAUCGCUCUUAGGGUAGCAAAAUUCCGGUAACUUUGAAUAAAUUCCCAGAUUGUCCAGAAUACCUAGUUGGAGGAUUCUGAAUUUCUUGCUUAUUCCCUCCUGAUUUCGGAAAUCCUCCAACCGGGUUUUCGAGUUUUGAGUUUUGCAACUCUAGCUCUGACAGAAAGCAGAAACCUCAGACUGGGUCUGAACUGACUUAGGCAGAAGAAGAAGAUGGAGUAUUUUUCCAUUGUCAUUUUUUUGUGCAAUGGUUCAAUGGGAUGAUACCCAGUUGUCCUUAAUCUUUUCACAUCGUUUUCUAUAACAGGACGUUUCCAUUGAGUGAAAGUCCCUCCUGGUUUCAAGUGGGUUAAUGACUGAGAUGAUUAAUGACAUGUGGAAAUCGUCUCUACCCCCUUAGUUCAUAUAAAUGCCAAAAUUACAUAUUUAUUUUCUGACCUCGAAACCAGUCUCGCAACUGUUCAGUUAACCAUGACACUUAUUGCCUAAUGUUAAGGUAUUAAGGUAUUGCUUCUAGGGCCCUUGGGGUUCAUUUUGAUCCAGCACCAGAACACAGAACUGCCUCCAUACUCGCCCUACAGCCCAAAAGUGUGUCUCACUGGUGUGGUAUGAGAUGUUUAAUGUACGAGUUUGUUUUACCGUUCUCCAAUCACUUACUUUGUUUAUUGAAAGAUCACAGGAGCCUAAAUGAAUAUGAAGUUAUCCUGCAGCGAAGGGUCUGUCUAAACAACACUUAGAAUGUCCUCAAACGUUAAAUUCAUGACGUCUAGUCAGAACCACUUGGACUGGAAUGAAACAAACAUUCAACCAGCGUCUCUUGGACAUUGCAGGCAACAGAGUUCUAAUUCCAUGUCAGAAGUAGAGUUCCCUGCUUUAGAUCCAGUCCAGUAUGUAUACCUUAACUCAGGUCUGCAGAUACAGUCCAGUAUGUAUACCUUAAGUCAGGUCUGUAGAUACAGUCCAGUAUGUAUACCUUAAGUCAGGUCUGUAGAUACAGUCCAGUAUGUACACCUUAACUCAGGUCUGUAGAUACAGUCCAGUAUGUACACCUUAACUCAGGUCUGUAGAUACAGUCCAGUAUGUACACCUUAACUCAGGUCUGUAGAUACAGUCCAGUAUGUACACCUUAACUCAGGCCUGUAGAUACAGUCCAGUAUGUACACCUUAACUCAGGUCUGUAGAUACAGUCCAGUAUGUACACCUUAACUCAGGUCUGUAGAUACAGUCCAGUAUGUAUACCUUAACUCAGGUCUGUAGAUACAGUCCAGUAUGUAUACCUUAACUCAGGUCUGUAGAUACAGUCCAGUAUGUAUACCUUAACUCAGGUCUGUAGAUACAGUCCAGUAUGUAUACCUUAACUCAGGUCUGUAGAUACAGUCCAGUAUGUAUACCUUAACUCAGGUCCAGCAGAGUAGGGGUCCCGUUUUGGUAGUGGGGGCGAUGUGCUGUGUUUGGCACAUUCCUGCUCGUUUUCAGGAGGGACCGUUCAAUGAAACACGGCUCCCUGGGCUUUGUCAUGGUGACACAAUGUUUAGGAGGCUGGGACGAGGAGAGUUGACUAGGACUGCAUUAGGCUGGUGGCCUCCAAUGCCCACAGACAGUUCAUAGUAAAACACCCUGGGAAGUAUGGUAACACAUGUGUUGCUAUUAUACCUGUGUAAUAACACUGUAAUUAAACUAGUAACUAUGUUGUAUUAGCAUGUUGUUACAUAAUACUUUAGUAAAUACAUUAUAUUGACAGUUUCAAUAAUGCAACUGAUUUGAUACCUCAAAAUGAGUAAGCACAGCUCACAGCAAUAGACUUUUCAGCUCAUUCGGCUGAACAUCAAUACUUUUUGUGUGAUAACAGAGUACUGACAGUGCAAGAGAAAUGAGGUCCCUAACAGGAAAUGUGGAAAAAGUUGAGACUCAUUCUGGAAGAUAAAUGUGUCUAGAAGAGGUUCACUCAUGGGCCAUUACUUAGCUAGUACCAGAGACAAACUGGCCAUAGGACAGUCCUGGCAAAUGCCAGAUGGGUCGUCCAUCUUUAGCCCGGUGGGCCUGUCUGAAUUGGGCUUUUUCCACCAAAUUAUUAUUAUUCUGGCUAAUAAUUGAGGCCUCGAGGGAAAAAUGGACCGGUAUGCCCCAGUCUGUCCCUGAGUGGUACUGUACUGAAAUGAUGUUUUCCAGUCUAGAAGUGUCAAGUGGAAUCAUCAAACUAACUUCUCACAUCAAAUUCUCUUUGUUAUGAUUCACUUUGGUUGUCCUUGCUAACUUAAUGUUUGUAUUGAUGUUAAUAAUGGAAUGUGUGUUUUAAAGAGAUCCCAAAUCGUGAGUUGAAAUGCAGUCAUAUGUGCCUCAUGGCUGUUAUAGGAGGAUGCCACUUGAUUUUUCUCAUUUGUAUGAAACCUCUGAAAUCAGCUGUUGUGAAAAAGACUUACCAAUUUCCAGUUACUGUUGCACUUUUCAGUCUCACAGGAAUAAAUUCCGGGAUAUUCCACAAGACUGCAUUCGCUUCCCAAAUGGCACCCUAUUCCCUUUAUAGCACACUAUAGUACCCCCUGGUCAAAAGUAGUGCACUAUAAAUGGAACAGGGUGCCAUUUAGGAAACAGUCUGUGGUACAGAGAGUCCUUGUUUAGUGAUGUCACAGUUCAUGUAAACUUAGGAAGACUUCCUCUCUAAGUAUCCUCAGCUAAAAGACCGGGGACCGGAUUAGUUAGUGUGAUGCUGAGCGGAAGAGCAGACAGGGAGGCUAAGGCACAGAGAGAGAACUGUGGGGUUUCCUUUUAAAUGUUUAGAUAUGGGAAGAGUGCAGAGCCGUAUGCUGGGGAGCAGAGGACCAGUGGUAAACAGUGAAACAAGGCGUUGACACAGUAGAGGUAUAAACUAGGAAGCUGUAGGGGCAGUGAGGUUCUGGACUGAGGCCCUGGUCUCUCUACUAACCUCAAGGGGACCAAGACGUAACCUGAAACUGGCCAACAGAUUUAUUGAUCUCCUCGCUCUUCUCUCGGCGUUGAGGCCGCGGGGCCAACCACAGAACUAUGGAGCCUGCUUAUACUGGGAUGUCACUGGAUAACUCUACCUCAACAGUGAUGCCCAUGGAGACCUCCGCCGGCAACACCAAUGUGAGCAGAGAGCCGUACAUGCACCGCCUGGCCCAUCUAGACGAGGGUCUCUACAAUGACUUCUACAGCCUGUGGAUCUGUCUGGUGGUGGUCAACACACUCAUCUUCAUGGUGGGAAUGGUUCUCAACACCCUGGCCCUGUACGUGUUCUGCUUUCGCACCAAGCCCAAGACCACCUCAGUCAUCUACACCAUCAAUCUGGCUGUCACAGACCUACUGGUUAACCUCUCCCUGCCCACACGUAUCAUUCUCUACUACAGUGGGGGAAAGUGCCUCAACUGCUCCUACGUGCAUAUAUUCAGCUACUUUGUCAACAUGUACUGCAGCAUCCUCUUCCUCACCAGUAUAUGCGUGGACAGAUACCUGGCCAUAGUACAGGUUGAGGCCUCUAGGAAGUGGAGGAACCCUAACGUGGCCAAGGGGGUGUGCAUUUUCAUCUGGCUCUUCGCUAUCGUGGUCACCUACUCCUUCCUCACCACGGCGUUCCGACACGUGGGCUGCUGCGUCUCCAAGCUCUUCGUCCUGACCGUCUUCGAGUUCUUCCUCCCCUUGGUCGUCAUCGUGGUGUUCACCGUGCGCAUCAUGUGUGCCCUGUCCAACUCCAGUCUGAUGCAGCAGAGCAGAGAGAGGCGUGUGAGGGCCGUGCAGCUCCUCACCACUGUCCUGGUCAUCUUCACCAUCUGCUUCACCCCGUUCCACGUCAGGCAGGUGCUGGUGUACUUCUAUCCCGACAUGCCCCACCACGUCAUUGUCUACCACGUCACCGUCACCCUCAGCAGCCUGAACAGCUGCAUGGACCCCAUCGUCUACUGCUUCGUCACCAACAACUUCCAGUCCAGCAUGAGGGGCUUCUUCCGCAAGGCAGAGGCAGAGCUGGAGCAGACCAGUGGGAACAUCAUCAGCAUGCAGAAUAGCUCCAAGGGCUCGGGGACUGUCACGGCUAUCGCUCACAGUGUGAUGAUGAACGUCCUGUCCUCCUCCUCUCCCCAGCAUGGGAACCACAUAACGUUAGACUGAGAAAGGGAUGGGAAGAUUGAGGAAUGGGAUGUUCAGUGUUCAGAGAGAGAUGGACUUCUAUUGCCUAACUGUGAGACUCUGGAGUGCAAUUGACAUACUACAGUAGGCUAUCCUCCCAUUUGAGAAAAUGCUUUCCUGCUUAUAUUAUUGUAGCCUAUUGUUGGCUUGGAGAUUUAAGUACUUGAAGACAUUUUCGGACAAGAAACGUUAUUUCUCCUGUGUUGGCCUACACCAGUCACAAUGGAGGGCAUUGACACUGAAUACGACCUAUAACGUGUUUAUUGCAGCUGUCAUACCAGCUGCUCCUGCAUGAUUUAUUUCUACUGUACAAUUAUCAUCUGAGGAGUAUUUGUUUACUUUGAUCCUAGAUCGUAUGGACCUCUGACAAAAUCGACAAGUAAUAUUCUACUGCAUUGCUAUGGAAACAAAUAGAAAUAUAUGAUAAACAGCUUCUGUAGAUUCAUGUGUGACGUUGUUGUCACAAUACAUAUUUAUCGUCAGCCUUCUCAGAAACUGGUUUUAUGCAAAGCUUAUAUUACUGGCAAAUAUUACCAAACUAAUUGUCCAAAAACAUAUAGAAUAAAACAUACAAAACCUUA